AGUAAAGUUCUUUAUCGUCAUUCUCCAUUUGCCGCAUAAAGUACAAUGAAUAGAUCCAAAGUUGCUUUCUUUGGUGUAUGCAUGGUUGCAAUUAAAAUUUUCAUUGCCUACAAUAUAACAAAGAUAACGAAAUUUCGUUUUGUUCAACAAGAUAUUUCAAAUGAAAUAGGAGCAACUGGAAAGACGAUCAAUGAGACAGGAUCCAAUUUAAGCACUCCGCUUAAUCUCAUCACAAAAAGAGAGCCCACCACUUCUUUUGAUAAGAAAGAACUGUUAUUAUUUGUUACCAUCAUAAGUGCUCCGUAUCACGAAGAUCGACGAACUGCAGGACGAGAGACGUGGAUCAAAGAAUGUAGUAAACGCUCAGAUGUUGUUUGUAAAUAUUUUACUGAUGGUAGAGAUUCUCUAGGCAAAGUAACUCACGGUAAAGAAAGAAAGAAAUUGAAAAUGAGAUUAAAACAUACCGAGAUCUUGUUCUUAGCCAAGCUCCAGGUGGAGUGAACUUUGGUUUACAGUUAUUGUGGAUUCUUGACUGGGUCAAUAAUCAUUACAGUUUCAAAUAUUUUUACGAAUAGAUGACGAUUAUUUCAUUUGUUUAAAUAAGUUGAUGUAUGAAUUGGCAAGUGGUCAAAGACCUAAACAAACCUUUCAGUGGGGAUGGUUGCAUUGUGAGCUACCAGAUGCAACUUGGCUUGAUGAGUCUUUCUUUCUUGUUACAUUUGAUAUUGUACAGUCCUUUUUAAGAAGGAGACAGAAUUUGAUGUGUAAUCCUUGGGAGGGUCAAUCAAUAGGUUUCUGGUUGAAGAAAAUUACAAACCUUACGACAUUUUCGGACAAUGCAAGGCUUGUUCAUAUGAGAUCAACAUCCCAGCAAUUUAGUUCAGAUGAAGUUGUGAAGUUGAGAAAAGAAAUUUGUCAUUCAUUGCUAGGGUUGCAUCAAAGUUAUCCUGCUCAAAUGCGAUUGUAUUGGCAAAUUUAUGAGAAAGAAGACAAAGUAAAGCAAUAUGUGAUACCUCCAACAUCAUAUCAUUGUGUACAUCAAAUAAAUGUUAAUUACAUGGCUUGGAAACAUAAUCCACAAUGGUUUGCUCCUCCAAGACCAUGUCGAGAUAACCCAAUAUGGUCUACCAGACAGAAAUAUGUUGGGAGAGAAGGAACCUGAUUAAUUUGUGUGAAGGUUUAUCUGUCAAAUGAAACUUUAUUGAGUUUUUUGCUAAUCCUUAUCAUAGUAACUGACUGAAUACAGUUUGUUUUUGAUAACAUAUUUUACAAUGCAAGUUUUGUUUUUUUUUAGGUAGGUAGGUAGUUUAUUAAAAUAUUAAUUGCAGCCUUGCGGCUGAAUUGCAAAUAUCUACAUUAGUAAAAUUUUAAUAGCAAAUAAGUAUCUAAAAAUAAGUAUCUAAAAAUCUAAAAAUAAGUAUCUAAAAAUGGUACUUGCUAACACCAACAGAGACAAAGAAAACUCCAUACCUAGCCACUUUGUGUAACUUUAUGUACACAAGGACAGGAUGAACGAGUUCUUCGCUCUGUUGGUGCGAGCAAGCGGAACUAUAUAUUUAUGUUUACUUCUCAGGCUAUAUUUACAGUUAUUUUUGUUUGGCAGUAAAUUUCUUAAUUUA